UUCAAAGUGAACCUACCUUCAGAUUUCUUGCUUCUUUUCCAUCGUAACGUCGUCGCUGAACGUGGUUGUAUAUGUAUAAAAAAAAUGGAAUCUGGUACCCCGCUUGUAGACUCCGAUACUAUAUACCCAGUACUCCUCAUACCCAGAAAGUGUACGACUUUAGAAACGAACUGUGACGCUUCUGAUAAUGUUUUUAUUGACUUGAAUAUAACUUCACCAGAUAUAGAAGGCAAUGAAAUGUGUCUGUACUCUGGUUUUUGUAACGUUAAAUUAAUAGACAACUAUGAUGUGAGUAUUCAUCAUGUCAGUUCACCUGAUAAUAGUGGGUCAUCCAGUUGCAUUGAUAUCGAACAGCCGCCGCUGAUAAUUAGUGAGCAAGGCACGGGAUUCCCUUAUAACCAGUCCAAAGUCUGGAUAGACCCAGUUAGAAGUCCACAUGUAUAUAACCAUUACGAUACAACAGAAACUCAGGAAUACUCUGUAUGUCGUAAGUCACACACAAGUCAUAUAACUGUUGAACAACACAGUACGUAUAUAACCCAGAAUGUGUUCAAUUAUAAAGAGUCGAUCCAAUACUCGCCCACAGAAGAUUUUGAGCACAAAAAGUUCAGGAAACCUCAUGCGUCCGAGACAGUUACUCAACAACCAUCUGCCAACCAAGAUGGGAAUAAUUUGAAUUUAUAUGAAGAUAAUGAGUUUGAAUGUGGCGUGUUUCUCUCUCAACUCUCUGAGGAAAUAAUGAACGAAAAAGAAAAUAAAGCCAAAGAUGAGCGUAAAUACAUAGGGCUGCAGAGUGAAAAUGGUGCAUUGAAGCAACUCAUGUCGUCUGAUAUCCAAUCUGCAUCUAAACAACGUAAGACGAUCCUGUUUCUCGGUCACGAUUCUCACUGUGGCCAAACAAUACAGAAGAUUGCGGUCAAUGACCCAUCCUUAGAAUGUUCAAAAGUUGGAAAUUUGAACCCAGCAAAUAUUAAGACUGAUGAUGUCAAAGUUAAUCGUAAUCAGAAAAAAUAUCAGUGUGAUAAAUGUAAGCAAAUAUUUAAUCAAAUAGCUGCAUUCAAACAACAUAUGGUCGGUAAUCACAAUAUAGCAAAAAGUUUGAGCAUGUAUGAUAUUGAAAAUGGUACUGUGAGUGAAGUUAAAUUUAUGUGCACCGAAUGUGGGAAGACCCUUAAGAGUCAGGAAAAGUUUGAAAUCCACUGCAUGGGGCAUGGUGAUCCAGAUUUAGAAUGUAAUAAGUGCCAUAAAGUGUUCGCAUCAAAAUUCACUUUACGUACACACCGGAAGUUACAUUACAGAAAAUACCCAUGCAAUUUCUGUUACAAAACAUUUUCAGAGGUCGAAGAUUUAAAAGCGCACGUUGCGAAAAUACAUUUUAUUUUCUUGUGUAUUCAUUGUAAUUUUACAACUAAGAAUUAUAUUGAAUUAACAGAACAUGAACAAUUACAUAGUGGUCAAAUUGUGCCCAAUGAUUCUAGUGAAACCGAUCGUAAUGAUUCGUUUGUGAAUGACAUAUGCAACGAGACAGGCAAUAUUGUUGAGCCACUUGAAAUUGAGAAUUUGAAGUUAGAAAAUCAACUUACCGCUUCCAGUAAGAACUUCGAUGAAGAAAUAAAAAAAGCAGAUUCUGUUAUAGCUAAAGUGAUAUCAAAUAAGAUUUUCCUCUUGCACUCUAAAAAGGUUAGAAAACACAGGAGAUACAAUAAGUCCUGUGACGUAUGCUUCAAGAUGUUCGACCGGAUUGGUGAUCUUAAAAGACAUCUUAUAGAACACGUGAUACGAAGUACCCUCGCCAAGACGCCGGUGAACAAGAAUGGCACACUCAACAUACAGUGUGAGGUAUGUCAAGUUGAAACAUUCACUAAAAUAGACCGUUACAAAGCCCACUUGCGUGAACACGCCAAACUAACGCUGUACAAAUGUACAUUUUGUGACAAAUCGUUCAGUGAUUCCAGUAAUUUUUCUAAACACAAGAAGAUCCACGGCACCACAUACCUACAGUGCGAUUUAUGCCAAAGAAAAUUCAACUCUAAGAAAAUGAUCACACAGCACAUGGAGUAUCACAAUAAACACUCGCCGGUCCAAUGCCAAUACUGUGAUAAGAUAUUUCAUUUUGAAUCUAUGCUCAAUAAACACGUCAAGUGUGCUCACAGCAAGGAAGUGUGCAGCCGAUUCAAAUGCAGAUUCUGUUUUCAAUACUUUAAGACUUUGAAGGAGAAAUGGGACCACGAAUGGACCAUUCAUAAUGUGAGAAAGAUGAUAGUAGACUGCCUAAUAUGCGAUUCUAAGUUUCGAAAAUACUCGGAACUGAAAAGACAUUGUAUAAUUACACAUGACAUGGAUAUACCGCCCGCAAAAAAGCUUUUAAAAAAAAAGAGAAAUAAAAAUCAAUGCUGGAAAUAGAUUUUUAUUUUCUCAACAAGUAUUUAAAUUAGUGCAAUCUCGUUUACAAUCGGAUAAACGGAGAUGUUACUAUAUAGCUGUUAUAUGUCAAACUUGUAUUUACCAGUGAAGUAAUCAUUUGUAUUUAUUUAUUGUUACAAACUCAACACAUUGACCUUGUACGUUAUUUAUUUACGUUAAAUGUAAUUUACAAGGUUUCAGUAUACGUAAUAUUAUUUUCAGUAUUACAUUUAUAAAAUCCAAGUUAAAUUUUAAUAUUUAUAUAUAAACGAUAUAUUUAAUGAAUUAAAAA